CCACCAUUUUCGUUAAGUGGGCAAUGUAUUAUUGACUUGCGUUAAUGUGUUGUCGGUGUUUUAACCGCGUUGUUAUUGUAGUUCGUAAAUUAAUUUCUGCGUGUGAUUUGUUAAUUAAUAAGUGCUCAUAAUUUUAUAUAAAUCUAGUUAUUAAUUUUAAAAACGAAUCUUUUUGAUGGUUUUUUGAUACGUGCGGUUGGUUUUAUUACAUAAGCGUCGGUGUUGAUAAUUUUAAUGUUGCGUGGAGGUGGAUUUGCAGCUUCCUAAUAUUGCAAUCAGUUAAAAAGGUGAGCUUUUUUCGGUAAUUCCAAAGUUCCACUUUUGGAUCGUUGGUUACUCUCAAUGUGAAUGAUCCAAUUGUUUCCAUCAUAGUCAGGGUUUUCGGUGAAUAUCCUACAGUCUUUAAUCUGAUGAAGAAUUCACUAUGAGACGAAUCACCGGCUAUCGUCCGUUUAAAAAACGAUUUUAUGAUAUAACGAAUCAUAAUCUUAUUUGAUUGAUAAAAGCUACUCGCUGCCUGGAAGACACUAGAAAAAGAGAACGAUAGCUGCGCCGACCACAACGACGACGAAGACGACGACGGAAACCGGAACGAAACAAGCAGAAGAUUUUCGCGUCGUUUAAAAUUUUGGUGUUGUAUUUCGGCGGUUGAUGUUAUUUCGUUACCUGUAUUAUUUAUAAAUACUGUGUGCAAUUUUUUUUAUUUUAAUAUUUUUUUUUACCCAUUAUUCUGAAUCGGCGCCGGAGUUCUCGCGAGUGAAUCUACCUACCUGUAAAGUUUUGUUUGUUUUGUGUACCUACCUCUAUGUGUGUUUGUGUAAAUUUAUUCGAUGUGCUGUGUCGAGAAUAAGUCUUAUCGAUCGUCAAGUUCACGCUUAUUUGUCGAAGAAUAAUCGCGAUUGUAUUAUUUGCGCGUUUUCUGGUUUGUCUCGCCUUUGUAUUCAUCGUGUGUAUAUGCGUGUGAUUUUCUGGUCAUUUUUGGUGCUGCGUUUUUUUUAUACGUCAUAUUUUACAAAAUAUAGAUACCGAAUCGGUACUUCGAUUGUAGUGUAGUAUUACGAUAAAGCCGGAAACACGUCGCGAUUUAACGAGGAGUAUUCGGUGCCUCUGGUACAAUGGACAAACGUAAGAUGUUGCCUAAAAGACCACGGAUUGAUAAUUUACGCGGCCCGAUUACCAAUGGCCCGAUGCAGAGCAGACCGCUGGUCGCUCUGCUCGACGGUCGCGAUUGCUCGAUUGAAAUGCCUAUCUUAAAAGACGUCGCCACGGUGGCCUUUUGCGAUGCACAGUCAACGUCCGAAAUACACGAAAAGGUAUUAAACGAAGCCGUCGGCGCUCUGAUGUGGCACACCAUUAUAUUGACUAAAGAAGACUUGGAAAAAUUUAAAGCUUUACGUAUUAUUGUUAGAAUCGGCAGCGGGGUAGAUAAUAUCGAUGUUAAGGCGGCUGGAGAAUUAGGAAUAGCAGUUUGUAAUGUACCGGGAUACGGUGUAGAAGAAGUAGCUGAUACAACGAUGUGUUUAAUAUUGAAUUUAUAUCGUCGAACGUUUUGGUUAGCGAUGAUGGUUAGAGAAGGCAAGAAAUUCACCGGCCCAGAACAAGUUAGAGAAGCAGCACAAGGAUGCGCUCGAAUAAGAGGAGAUACUUUAGGAAUUGUCGGCUUAGGAAGAAUCGGAUCGGCUGUUGCACUGAGAGCGAAAGCGUUCGGUUUUAACGUUAUUUUUUAUGACCCUUACUUGCCUGAUGGUAUAGAAAAAUCACUAGGCCUUACUAGACUUUAUACUUUACAAGAUUUACUGUUCCAAUCGGAUUGCGUUUCACUUCAUUGUACUCUUAACGAACAUAAUCAUCACUUAAUUAACGAGUACACCAUCAAACAAAUGAGGCCAGGCGCAUUUCUAGUAAAUACAGCUCGAGGUGGUCUGGUGGACGAUGACGCGCUAGCCGCCGCUCUCAAACAAGGUAGAAUCAGAGCAGCUGCACUCGACGUACACGAAAACGAACCGUAUAAUAUUUUACAAGGUCCGCUAAAAGACGCUCCUAAUUUGUUGGCGACGCCGCAUGCCGCUUUUUACUCGGACGCCUCGUGUACAGAAUUGAGAGAAAUGGCCGCUAGCGAGAUCAGAAGGGCGAUCAUUGGCCGUAUACCGGAAUGUUUGCGUAAUUGCGUCAACAAAGAAUAUUUCCCGGCUGGUGCAACUGCGUACCCUGGCCCUGGCGGACCGACUCCGGCUCCGGAUGGAAUCAACGGAGGAUACUACGCAGCAGCUGCCCAAGCAGCCGGAGCGUUGCCCGUACAACAAGCGCAUUCUACGACGCCGCACGAUUCCGUGCCGCAUUCGGUGACCACCGGUAGCACCACCGAUGGCCCAGCGGUUCCGCAGUCGCAACCGCCGCCUCCGCAGCCACCUUCGCAACCGACUCCGACGGGUUUACCGCAGUAAUUUUUAUAGUAUAUAAGAGAAUUUUUCAAAAAAUUAAAAAAAUCUUUUUAAAAACCAACCAACCAACACAAAAAUCAAGAAACAAAAUCAACUCUACAAAAUGAAAAAAAUCGCGUCGCGUAGCAGUGACUGGAAAAAAUGUCCAAAAACCACGUGUAUUUUUACAUCGAUGACGGCCGAAUAAUGCUGACUGGUGACUUACGAGUAUCGCUUGGUACAUUUUUUAUCUCUCUGGUUCGUGUCCACGUCCUAUACAGACACAUACGCGCACAUAUAAACUAUAUAAUAUGUAUACGUUGACUCGAGGGUAUAUCGUGUACUGUGUAUGUGAAAAAUUGAAGAAGACGACGUCGACGACGAUGAUGAUGAUGAUGAUCCUCGAUCUUAGAUCGAGCCACAUUUUUUCUUUCGAAUUCACUCGUUAUUGUUAUAUUUUCAAUUCUAUCUACUAAAGAUUUCCAAACAUUAUACAUUAUUCGUAUAUUAUCUGUCAGAUUUUAUUGUCCAUUUUUCUUUUCCAACUCUUUUAUCACUCCUGCUCUCCAUCUUAGUUUGUUAUAAAUGUUGAUAUAGGUAUUACCUAUUUUGUAUAUUAUUAUUGUUUUUUCGUUUUAUUUCACCCCUUUUUGAUCGGAUUACGAAAUGAAAAACAUCGUUGUCGCGAGAUGAAAUCUUUUCGCUGUUAAAUUCAUCGAUGGUAACUUUUUAUUGGAAACCUGUUUUAUUUCGCUGGACGAAAAAUGACGGAAUUUUUACAGCUCAGGUCGUCCGAUCUCAAAGCUCGAAGUCGCCGGAAGGUCGUGAAGCGUUGUUGACGAGUAUAAGCGAACGAAUUUUUUUUCCAAAAUGUUAUUUUGUGUUUUAACUCGGAAGUCUGGUUGAUAACGAAUUUUUGAAAAGUUUAAGAAAAUACGAGAAGAGCGAAGGAAGACGGAAACGAAGCGUGUUUUAAUUGUUUUUUUUUUGGUUUGGAAUUUUUGACGUACGCGAGCGGGUUGUUUUCGUUACAUAUUUUUUCUUUUCUUUUCUCUUCUUCGAUAUUAUUUAUAUAAAUAUGUGUGUAUGUGUUAUGUGUAUGUUAUAAAAUGCGAUGGUGUGUUUCAUCGCUUGAUUGAUAUAUAUUUUUUUUGAUAUACGUGUUGAUUGAUCGAAGAUUCUAUGUUUUCGCUUUAAAUAUUUACGCAGAUAAAAAAUUGUGUCUUUAAUAGAACCAGACAAGUUGUCCUUUUUCUCCGAGAUAUUGUUCUUUCCUCGAAGUCGAGUUUUUAGUAUCCAAAAGGAUAAAAAAAAGAGAGAGCCAAAGGUGCAAACGAAAGGGUGGUUGUGACGCGAGAUGAUUAAGAAGAGGAAAAAGGAUGUAAGCGAACUUCAUGGAGAAGUGUGUAUUCUUGGUGCGACGUUCGCAUGUAAAAAAAAAGACACAUUUUUUCAAUGGAAAUUAGCAUGUAAUUAUUUAUUUUACUUUUUUUUUUCUUUAUUCGUAAGGUUUUGUUUAAUAUAAGUACAAAAAAAGAUGAAUGGUAACGUUAUGUUAUUAAAUUUAUUAUCGUGUUAAUUAGCAUUAUUAUGGUUCUCUUAUGCAUGUAAAAAAAAGCAAAUUUGAAAAAAAAAAUGAAAAUCGUUCGAGUAACGAAUUAAUACCUCAUCGUUGAAAAGUGAAGAAAUUGUUCUAUUUUUUUCUUUUUUUUUUUUUGCAAAUUGAUUUUUGAAUGAAAAAUUACUUGCGUAGAAUGUAAGAAGUUAUUAUAAAUUGAAAAUUUCAUUGUAUAUAAUAACAGUUACUGUGUUUUACAUGUAUAUGAUUAACGGAUAAAGAGUUAUUUAUGUGAUAAUUUUUUAUAUAUGCAGAAUUAUUAUAUAUAUGUGUCUUAAGCUGUAAGAAAAAUUAGCAUUAAAAUAUCAAUAAAUUGAAAAUUCAUA